CCGCUUGCAUACGUCCCAGAAUGUGACCAACAAAACGCUCACUGUGCAUCACUACCACGUUCAAACGUGUGUUUAUUUACAAAUCCUAGCAACGACGGUUACCGAUCUUUCGUCGUUCUACGUCCAGCUAGCAUGAACUGCACCAUUGCCUCGCAGCCAUGGAUUCCGUUCAGAUGAUAUCGCACAUAGAAAAAUCGCUCAACUAUUCGGUGUACGACGUGAAAUGGAUUCCCUGUACAGCCAAGUUCGUGGUAGUUGGUUCGAAACCGAAAGGCACGGGAACAGUGCAAAUUUACGAACUAAACCGUGGCACACUCGAUCUAGUCAGAGAGACGGAAAAGGAUAAGUCGAUCAAAUGUUGCUCGUUCGGUGCAUCCAAGCUUCGUACCGAGCUUCUUGCGGUCGGUGAUUUUGCUGGCAAGUUAACGAUUUACGAUCUGGACCGGCUUGAUGCGCCCGUGUAUGAGGUAAACGCUCAUGAAGGAAUCAUCAACACACUCGAUGCAAUCGGUGGUUCGACGGUAAACUGUGGAGCGCCGGAAAUCGUUACAGGUGGGCGUGACGGUACGGUGAAGGUAUGGGAUCCAAGGCAACCGAACGAUCCGGUGGCGAACAUAUGUCCGGCGAGCAGGAAUCUGGACGAACGACGCGACUGUUGGGCGGUUGGGUUUGGAGAUUCGUACAAUCCGGUGGAACGAUUAGUUUGCUCCGGGUACGAUAACGGUGACCUGAAGCUGAUCGACCUGCGCAACUUGAAACUACGCUGGGAAACGAACGUCAAGAAUGGUAUCUGUUCGGUUGAGUUCGAUCGGAAGGAUAUACGCAUGAACAAGCUGGCCGUAAGCACGCUGGAGGGUGGCUUGUUCGUGUACGAUAUGCGGACGCAACAUUCGGAGAAAGGAUUCGCCUCGGUGAGGGAGAAAACCGUUGGCCAAUCGCUCGGUACGAAUGGUGUGAUCAGUGGAGCCAAAUCGACCGUUUGGACUGUGAAGCAUCUGCCACAGAAUAGGGAUAUUUUUGUCACCGGAGGUGGAUCAGGAAACGUUCGCAUAUGGCUUUAUCACUAUCCGGAGAAACGAACCAAAACAUUAGCCGAUGGAGAAGAGCAAGGUGUAGCCGGAUCGUUGGAGAUGCUUCAUGCUACCACUCUUUCCACGCAACCUGUACACACGUUUGACUGGAGCCCCGAUCGACAAGGUUUGGCUGUGUGCGGAUCGUUCGAUCAGACCGUGCGUGUGUUGAUUACUACCAACCUGAACUUACAUUAA